ACCGACACAAUCAAUCCGUAAACCUCCUUAUCAAACUCAAAAUUCUGUUACUUGACAAAAUCUUACAAUUAGGGUUCUUCCAACGUAAUUCAAACCAAUUAAUAUUCAAAUCCAAAAGAUAUAAUGAACUGUGAAGUUUGUCAACUCAAAGAACUGGAUGUGGAAUACUUUGAGAUACGUGAAGUUCUUCGAUGCAUUCUGCACACAAUUUUCUUUCACAGAGCAUUAGGUCUGGUGCGGCCCAAAGACGUUGAUCUUACCCUUUUCGAAAUUACAUAUGUGCAAUGUGGUGAUGCAGAGCUUGAGAAGAAAGUAGACGACAAGAUCGAUCAGUUCAUCGACAGGGUAGAGAAACAUCCAAACAAGAAAAACCAGAUAUGUUUAUCUUUCUUUGAAGUAAAGAACAAACAAGCAACAUGGUUCACUCACAAAGUUGAACACUUGUACUGGGAGCAAUGGUACAUAAAUUUAAACGUUGCUCACCACCCGAAACCACAUUCUGGCAAAUCACAUCAUUCUAAGUUAGUUUUGGACCCUGGAGAGAGUGCAUCUGACGAGGGAAAUGCUAGGCGGGCAACACUCGAGUCCUCUCUGCACGAAGUUUUAUUUCAAAUAAUAAAAUUUGUGAACGAGAAGAAAGAUCACAUCCCUCCGAUACCAAAUAUGGAAGGAGUAUCGUUUCCCUAUGAAAUUACUAUCUCAAGCUCAUCAGAUUCAGCGUUCGGGAUGGACAUGUUUAAGAGGAUGCUCCAAACCGGGCAUCCAACCAUGCUCAGCUGAGAUUUUAAACAUAAAACCUCGGUUUCUUGCAUCGUCUACAAUUUCUGGAUGAGAAGUGGUACAUCUCAGGCCCACGUACGCCAUUAAUUCUGUAAAAAAAAAAAAAAAAAAAAAAAAACAGUUGUUUAAAAGAUAAUCUGGCGAUAAUUAACUUUGUUACAUUUGUUUGUAUGUACAUAUUGGGUCAGAUUAGUGUAUUAUAUCAACUUUCUAGAUGAUGUAUUGAAAUUCCACUUAAUUACAUUUUGCCACUUUUAGGUCAA